GACAAUGGUCUCUCACUGUUCUACCCGGCAGCUUUCAAAGGCUAUACGAUCAUAGCGAAGCAUCUCGUUCUCAAAGGCACCGAGGUCACCGAGCGCAACGACUAUGGCUGGAGCUCUCUCGCUGCGUCCGCCAUGAACAGACACAGAAAGACUGCCAGCCUCUUUACCAAUCGUGGUGUUGGUGCAGAUGAGCCCGGUGGGAGCGGGAAAACAGCUUUAUACGUAGCUUAUCAGGCCGAUCCCUUGAUCUCUGCUUUCGUUCUGCUAGAAAGAGCUGCGACUGUAGUUAAGUCAAUAUACGAAGAAUGUUAUAGCGGCCACUUUGGCAUGGGCGAGCAUUUGAUCAAGGAGGCUGGAGCUGAUCUCACAUUCAUCGGUAACAGUUGGUGGUCUCUACUCCUCGCAGCGGGACUAAACGGCCAUUUGGAUGUGGCAGAACUUCUGGUUGGAAAGAGUAUCACCGUUGACGGGCACGAAAAUGAUGGAUUGAUACCGUUGUACGCUAGAUUUGAAAUGGGCUAUGUAGAACUGGUCAAGCUUCUACUAGAGCGUGGAGCAGACACAAGGAUUGCCGACGAUUCUGGGACGACGCCGGUCAAAGCGGCUGCUGGACAGGGACAUACCGAGAUAGUCGAGCUCUUG